GGCGUGUCGAACGAACCAAGUCCGAACAAUUACCGACUUGAAAACAAGUCUAUGUCCCAUUUAUUCCUCCAUGAUUAAAAUAUAAUCUUUGGUCUCACUUGACCUUUAGACAAGCUACGAGCUUGACGCUUUCUGAUGUCACGUUACUUCAAAAUGUCAAUACGCACCAAACACAAGCAUUGUUUGGACGGCCAACGCUGUCAAUGGUUAGCUCAACGAUAUUUUUGCGACAUCAGUCAGCGUUCAUUUUGGAUUGCGAGUUACCCUUCAGUCCAAGUCUAAGAGCGCGGAUUCCCUAUCAGCCCAUCUAUGCUUUGUCUAAGUUGAAGCGGGCAGUUCAGCGAGAUCAUGUCUGUGUUUCUGCAAUUGUUCGUGCUGGCGGCUUUGACUGGCAUCCCUCUGACUAACGCUUAUCACUUUGGUGCCAACUACUGGAACGAUCGCUACAAGGACUUCGGCAUUAACUAUGAAACGGGCUCUGCUAUGUUUAAUGGUCUCUGGUCUGACCAGCCGAGCAUCAAUGGUGGUUAUGGACGCUCAACUUCAGAUUAUAGUGGAACAGUUUGCAGCUGUGUCUGCAGUGAAAAUGAGAAAACUGUCGACUGCACGGGGAAAACGAAAGUGACUCUGAAGAACAUAAGGUUUGAUUAUAAUCUCACUGUGGAGACUUUCAACCCUGACACUACAGACAUAACAAUUGUCGGGCGUUUGAAUCAGGUCGACAGGAACGCAUUCGGCUUUUUAACAAAGCUCACAAAACUGACUAUACACAACACAGACAUCACAACCUUUCCAGAUUUAUCAAACUGCACGAGUCUAGAGCAACUGGAUCUCACAAGAAAUGCAAUUAGUCUGUCUCCAUUAAGCUACAAAACCAUCAAAUUUGCUAAGACACUGAAAAGAGUGAGUCUAAUGGAGAAUAAUAUCAACUGGCUUCCUCCGGGAUUCUUCUCCAAAACCAACAUUGAAUAUAUUGGUCUGAGUAUGAAUGAGCUGGCUGCAUUCCCCAGUGACUCUCUUCAGAACAUGCAGAACCUUACCUUCUUGUCUCUGGAUGAUAACCAACUGACAUCAGUCUCCAAGCGCAACCUUCUUCCUCUUGCAUCUACCCCGAUUCAGCAUCUAAACUUGAGCAACAAUCAGAUCAGCUACACUGCACCAAGGGCAUUCAUGCAACUUCAAAAUCUGAAGAUAUUGGAGUUGCAUAGGAAUGUGUUAGAAGAUCUCCCUGCACAAACAAUGGAUAGGAUUCCACAACUAUUACACUUGGAUUUGAGUUACAACAAGUUGAAAACUCUGAAGGCUAAGGCUGUAACGGAUCUACCGUCUUUGCGAACACUGAUCUUGCAUAAUCAACUGGAUACGUUUGAGUUGGCCAGUAUUCGCUACAACUCCUUUCUGGGAAUUGGAAGCAACCUUACAGAAUUGUACCUGAGCUCGAACGCGUUGCCAUAUUUUCCCCACGCUGUUCUGUCAGAGGAAACAUAUGAUAAGCUGGCAGACCUGCACAUGGAUAAUAACGUAAUAACAAACAUCACGGAACUACACGUUGACCAGUUUUCCAGCGCUCUGACACUGUACAACUACCGGCUAACGACCCACGAACCAUUCGCAAAGAUGCCAAACCUGAAGAAACUGUUUCUACAACAGAACAGCAUCCUUGGAAUUAACAAUCAAGACCUAUGUAAGAUGAGCAUCCUCCAGGAAUUGAACCUCAACAUCAAUCAGCUGAAAGACGACACAUUGGAUGAGAAUGCCUUCCAGUGUCUGACCUCUCUUUCAAAUCUGAACAUUGGCAACAACUACUUCCAGUAUGUUCCACCUGCUGUACAGUUUCAAGAAAGAGUACAGAACAUUCGAACACUGAAUCUGGCGGGCAAUGAUAUUACUUUUUUAUUGGCUGGAGUGUUCUCUAAUGUAACAACUCUCACAGAUCUGACCCUGACUGGCAACCGCAUUAUCUCCGUUGAAAAUGAUGCAUUUCCAGUGGACAUUGAAAUUAUACGACUGUCUUCAAACCAGUUGUACUUUCUUCACGAGGACCCUUUCAGAAAUUUGUCGUCACUGCGUUGGCUUCUGUUAAGCAACAAUGAGAUUGAUGUUAUACCAGACACAGCGUUUGAUGGGUGUACGUCUCUUGCAUACAUUGAUCUCGGAAACAACAAAAUCGGACGAAUUCUUAAGACAACAUUUGAGGAUUGUCCAUUGACCUAUAUCUUGGAUCUUGCAGACAACGAGAUAGCUUACAUUGAGGAUGGCUCACUGGCUCAUAUAACAUCACUUACGUCAUUAAGUCUGCAGAAUAACCGACUCACGAAGAUUCCUAUGGGAGGAGAUUUUGUCAAUCUCACAAUAACAUGGGAUCUGGAUCUAAGUGGAAACAACAUAAUCGAAGUCAAAACCCAAGCUUUCAAGAAUCUUGCUGCCCGCAAUUUAGACCUAAGUGACAACGACAUUGCACAUGUUGAACCUAACGCUUUUGACAAUAUCGUGUUGUCGGGACUAACUACCUCAUAUUUGAAAUUGGAUAACAACCCUCUGCAAACCAUGAGCUCGUAUUCCUUCAAUGAUGUCACCUGCAAAUACUUCUAUAUGCUCUCAGUUGGUGUGGCUACUGUACCAUCUUUUGCAUUUAACGGGAUAACAGCCGAUUAUUUCCACAUGGAAUCAAAUUCAGUGAGAGUCAUCGAGGAAGAAGCAUUCUAUGUUAACAUCCUUGAGGAUUUUAAUUUGCAGAAGAACCAGAUCUUUGACGUCAAAGGCAAGAUGUUUGUGGAUGGAACAACGAUAGAAAAUCUGUUUUUACAUGACAACGAGAUACCAUCGCUUCCAGGCGACACAUUUGACGGGGCAACCAUUACAACAAUACGAUUGGAAAACAACACGCUGAUUACUUAUCCAGCCAAGGCUUUGUCCGGUCAGAAUGUAAAUGAAAUUCAUCUGAAUGGUAACCAAAUUGGAACGCUUCCAGACGAUGCCUUUGCAGGACAGGACAACAUGGAAGUACUAGAUUUGAAGAACAACAGACUGAGUGAGAUUCGAACUGGUAUCCUGGCACCGUUAACCAACCUAAGCAGACUAGAUCUUUCCAAUAACGACUUCACUCAUUGGCCAACUAUGCCCAGCCUUCCAAGUCUGGAGCAGCUAGACUUGUCACACAAUGAGAUUCAGACAGUUGGACAGAACGCAUUUGCCGCUCUUGAUGCCGAUGUAUUUAGUUCACUGAAUCUUGCUGAUAACCCGUUGGGUUGCACCUGUAACUUGUACUACUCCCUGAGUUUCGACAAUUCUUCCACCAUCGGCGGUGAAUGUACGACACCGGAGGAGGCAGAUGGAGUCCUAUUCUCAUACUACAGCAAAAAUUCUGAUAUGUACUUUGAGAAUGUCGCACCAUGGCUGUUCCAGUGUGCCCCAUACGAUGUGACAGCGAUCACCCCUGAACUUCACCAGAUCCUAGUCAACUGGACAGCACCAUUUGAAGUGUAUCCCAGCAGUGUAGAUAUCACAGAUGAAUGGAUAUUUGGCGUGACAUGUACCAGCAUCACAGCAACUAGACUGUACUACAACACAACAUCUAUUGGCCAUCUUUUUACUGCUGAUGAUGGCGUGGCAACCGGCACUGAUUAUAUAUGUCACGUGACACUGACUGUGGGCAACUACACCGGUGCACCCGACGAAUAUGUCCCAGUCACUACAUUGGAAAACGUCGCUCAAACAAAUUCAACUGUUUCUACUGCACAGGACAUCAAAUUGGCCAUCACUUACUAUGAUUUCAGUUCUGCAAAUUCUGACUUCAACCCUGUGGGUAAAGACGUCGUUAAUCGUCCAAGUUACGUCGUCUCACCCUACGGUGCUUGGUUAGCUAUCUCUAAUAACCCCUCCAGCGAUUCCUUCUCACGAUGGUUUCGUAACAAUCCAGGCGUUAACUAUGUGAUUGAGUCGGAGCUGGUAUUAAAGUGGCUUAACUCAUCAGGUGUGGUCAGUCCCAUCAAUAGGGUUUGGUUGGAGUCUUUCUAUCCAGUAGAUGGACUUGGCUUCACUGCAGAGGGACAAAGAGACUGUAGCUUCAUUCUUCAUAACUUUGGUUUCACAAGUGCUAUCCGAACUGGAAUCCUGUUCAAUAGUACGGAGGUGAUAACGGUCGGCGGAGGAGAUGAAUUCUGGGUGUAUGUCAAUAAGAUUCUGGUCUUGGAAGUCCAUGGUGACGCGUCAGGAAAUCCAGUCAGGUGUAAAAGAAUUACGCUGGCAUCGGCUGGCAAUAAAGGUGGGAGCUUCUUAACACCAGAGGAAGGUACAAUUGUUGAAGGAGAAUGUGAAAUCACCGACCCAGUUCUUGAUGAACAAGUAUUUCUUGACCUUGAGGUCGGUGUGCCCUACCACUUUGACAUCUUCCACACCGAGCGCAACCCUUGUUCCUCAGAGUUCUUCCUAGAGAUUCAAGGCGUUGACUUCCUUCCGUUAGACCCAGACAACCCUCCUGUUGACUAUGUUGUCACAGUGGAUGAGGAUCUACACCUGAACGCCAUCUUAGAAUCUGUCUGGGUGGCUGAUGCCUUCUCCACUGGUCCAAAUUUCCAAGUCACCAUCACAAGCGGCAACGAAGCCAGACACUUUACCCUUAAAAACAACACAGCAAAAAGUGUAGCAGAUGGAAUAGCCCCCACCGCAGACUCACCACCUUUCACCCACACUGUGAAUGGUAUAGACUUCAUUACCUGCGACUCUGAAGCAGAAAUCGUGCCAGAACCAAACGAUGAGACGAUGCAAUCCUUUGACGUCCAUACAGACAAGGCCUUGAUAACGUUGGUUACUGAACUAGAUUAUGAGGUUGUUUCGUGGUACUUCCUAAAACUCAGUGUAAUUGAUCUGAACGCUGUCCCACAAUACGAAGGCACGCUGACAGUUGAGAUAACCGUGAAUGAUGUGAAUGAUAACUGCCCCGUGGUAUCCAACAACAGUCUAGUAUUCACCCCUCUGCCUGUUCUCCAGGAAGAUCCACUGACUGAAGUAAUAGCGACUGACGCUGACAGCGGAGGGGACAGUCAGAUCACGUACCACACAUCACCAAUCACACAAAUCCCUCUCAUCAACGACACGUUCUCAGUGCUUCAACUGACAAUCACGGCCAUUGACGGUGGAACAAUAGCUCGUGGUGCAAUCGUCAACAUCACCGUAACCAUUAGCAACACUUGUCUGUAUGAUGCUAUUGGGGAACCAGUAGAUGUCGAAAUCUACAUCGAUGUGCCCACCGGUGGACUGUAUCUGAGAGUGCCAAAGUACUACGUCUAUGUUUACGAUUGCAAAGAUGCGCUUGGAAUACAAACCGGCGUCAUUCAAGACAGCAUGAUGUCAGCAUCCUCGUAUUACGAUAAUGCACAUACAGCAAACAGAGCCAGACUACACGCAAACGCCAGUGCAGAUGGUGAACUGGGUUCAGGAUGGAUAGCGGAGACUGCAGACACAAACCAAUGGCUACAGGUGGACAUGAGAUUAGUGACCAUCUUCUCUGGAGUCAGGACUCAGGGUGUUGGAGAUGUAGAAGCCUGGAUUAAAACUUAUUAUGUAGAAUACUCUAAUGACAGCAGUACUUGGUACAUGAUACAGGAUGAAGAUAGCAAUGAUCAGCUUUUCACUGGUAACACAGAUCAGGAUACCGUCUCCAGUGUGUAUUUUGAUGAAGUCUAUGCUCAAUAUAUCCGCAUCCUGCCACAGUCCUGGCACAAUCAGAUAGGGUUGAGGUUGGAGAUUGUCGGCUGUACGACAGAGAGACGACUGCGACACUUGACCCAGUGUGAGCGUUGUCUGACUACCAACUACUGCCUAGGGGACGGUUUGCAGCGACCCUGCGGUCGCUGUGAACCUCCUACAGACUCAUGUAACCGGUCACCGUCAGAACAUUCCUUUGGACACGCCUAUGAGUGUGUGCCCUGCCCAAUAGGAUGGCUGUGUGAAGAUGGUUAUGCUACACCAUGUCCCAAGUACCAUCAUGGCCGCUGUAAUGAGACGUUUUGCCCAGAGUCUUGUGACCUGUGUGACCCGGGCACGGCUUGCUUCAGAGGAAUACAAUCUAUCUGCCCGCAGGGUUACUUCUCACAAGGAUAUGACUCAGAGUUCUGUAGGCCUUGCAAGCCAGGCACAUUCAACAACUUCACCGGCCAGUCUGUCUGUGAGAACUGCCCAGCCGGGUACCAGAGCACACAGGCCAAGAUUUCAUGUGCACCAUGUCAUAUCACUGCGUGGUCUGCAGGAGACGGGACACCAUGCAAGUCAUGCUCAAGUCAAGCCGAAUGUCCUUGUAUGACCGAAUUUAGCCCCUGUCCUGAAGGUGUGCCUUGUGUUAAUCAGGGAACUGGAAAGUAUAUCUGUGGGGAGUGUCCAGCGGGUUACUCAAAGGAUGGAGACGGAUGUGCAGAUAUUAAUGAGUGUGACAUAUCAAACCCUUGCUGGUCCUCCUGCACCAACUUGUCUCCAGGCUAUGAGUGUACUGGAUGUCCGCCAGGCUAUGCUGGCAAUACACCUCAUGGUAUCGGAGUGGAACAUGCACAAGCUAAUAAACAGGUGUGUGAAGAUAUUGAUGAAUGUGCUAUCAACAACGGUGGAUGUGAUCCAAAUGCUGAGUGUGCUAACACAGAGGGAAGUUACAGUUGCGGUUUAUGCCUGCCAGGUUACUUAGGUGACGGUAAGAUUGGUUGCACGCCGGGUGAUUUUUGUCUGACAGGCAAAGAUGAUUGCAAUGGGAAUGCGACAUGUCUCUCUACAGGAGUUGGCACUUACGUCUGUGAGUGUAACAAUGGUUGGGCAGGCAAUGGAGUCUAUUGUGGGGUUGAUACAGAUCUCGAUGGCCGACCAGAAACAACACUUCACUGUAGUGAUCCAUCAUGUAAAGCAGAUAACUGUCCCCAGCAUCCAAACAGUGGACAGGAAGAUACAGAUAAUGAUCACAUAGGUGACAUCUGCGAUGAUGAUGAUGACAAUGAUAGUAUCAUGGAUGAAAAGGAUAACUGCCAGUACGUAGCCAAUCACUUGCAAGAAGACACAGACGGUGAUGGUAUCGGUGAUGCAUGUGAUAAUUGCCACAAUGAUAACAACACAGACCAAGCUGACACUGAUGCUGAUGGGCUAGGGGAUAUAUGUGACCCUGAUGUGGACGACGAUGGGGAGUUUAAUGAUACGGAUAACUGUGUGUUUGUUGCUAACACACUUCAGACGGACAUGGAUGGAGAUGGCGUGGGUGAUGCAUGUGAUAACUGCCCAAACAUUACCAAUACAGAACAGAUCGAUACGGACCAAAAUGGAUAUGGUGACGCAUGUGAUGUCAUUGGAGGCACCCAUAAAGACAUGGAUGGCGAUGGUGUUCUAGAUUUGGAUGAUAAUUGUAUCAUCAUUUCCAAUGCCGAUCAGACGGACACUGAUGUUGAUGGUGACGGCGAUCUGUGUGACGGUGACAAAGAUGGCGAUGGCAUCUCAGAUGACAAUGACAAUUGUCCUUACGUUGCAAACAGUGGGCAGGAAGACACAAACGGUAAUAAUCUAGGAGAUGUUUGUGAGACUGACUAUGAUGGCGACGGCACAAUGAAUAGCGAAGAUAUCUGUCCCAACAGCAACCGCUACCAAACAACUGAUUUCUCUAGAGGUUUCAUCUCAGUGGAUCUAUACCCUGAUCUAAUUAACGGGACCAGCCCAGUCUGGAUAGUGACUGACAAUGGGAAGGAGAUCCGUGACAUUAGUAACACUAUCAUGCCAUCGAUGCUGAUUGGCCAGGCAUCAAUAGCCGCAGUGGAUUACACCGGCACCAUGUUUGUCAACACGGACGAGGGAAACAAUUACAUCGGUUUUGUCUUCGGCUACCAGAGCAACCGGAAAUUUUACGUCGUGAUGUGGAGACAUGAGAAUAUGAACAACCCUGUGAACAUGGCUGGAAUUAGGGGCAUACAGAUUAAGAAAGUGAACUCUGCCACCGGGCCUGGCCAAUCACUGGCAAAUGCUCUCUACCACUCGUUUACCACAGCCAAUCAGGUUGAGUUGCUGUGGCAAGAUCCAUUUUUGCAGGGGUGGCAGCACAGGACUUCAUACAAGUGGUUUCUGACACACAGGCCAGAUAUUGGGCUAAUCAGGGUUGUCAUCAAGGUAGGAGAAGAGACUCUAACUGAUUCCGGGGACAUCUAUGACACCAGCUUCUUGGGUGGACGGCUUGGGGUGUUUGUCUACGAUCAGAAGGAUGUCAUAUGGUCAAGAAUGAGCUACAAGUGUGCAGAAAGGCUCAAUCAAGCGCUGGCAUUUGACGGUAUCGACGAUCACGUCAUCCUUCCAACCUUAGACACUUUGCAACUUACUUCAAGUUUCACCCUAGAAACAUGGGUGCAUCUCCCUACAAGUUAUCCCUCAACUACCAUGCCUGUCUUAUGCACUUUGAAUGGAAUAUUGUGCUUGUUCAUUGAAAACGGGUAUGUGAAGGGCCGGGUAGGUGACCGAGUUGUGGUUGGUACUACUGUUCUGCCUGAUUCUACAUGGAAACACCUUGCAAUGAGAUUUGAUGCUCAGAACAGUGAAUUAACUCUGUUUGUCAACGGAAUCGCUGAAAGCACAAAAACAAGUGUUGCAACACCUAGCUGGGUGAGCAGUGCCCAAGUAUACAUCGGCAGAGAUGAACGUAGUUUCUUCAAUGGAACCAUGGAUGAGGUGCGUAUUUGGGGUGUAAGUCUCUCCGAUGAAGAGAUUAAGGAACACAUGCAGCUAGCUAGCCUGGAACGACAGAAGCAUAAAGACCUGCUGGAUGCGCACUAUAACAUGGACAAUGAAGAACAAGGAUCAAGUAUGCUUCUAGACCAAGGCCUCUACGCCCACCACGGUCUGAUCGUCGGGGACCCGGACUUCAUUCCAAGCUUUGUUGAUCAGGGUCGCUUCCAGGUCACAUACCCAGAGAACCGACGAAGAAGACGCAAUGUGAACUAUCACUAUGAGGAAAACCACACGGAACUCUAAAAGUGAAGCCAAAUUAACGUUCAUAGUGAUAUUGAUUGCUAGCCAUAGUUGCAGAAAAGCACUCCAGCCAGAUCCCAUGAAAUAAAAGGAGGGAUAUAAAUGUUUGGAUGUAAAAUUUAAUAAUUGUUGUUUGUGUAAAUAUGCUGUUAGCCGAUUGUUUGAUGAAUAAAGUGUUUAUAAGGUAACCAUACACUGUGUGUUGUGCUGAUUUUCCUGUUUUUAACAUUUGUAUUUCAGCUUAGUUAUAUAUGUACAUAGAGAGACUCGUUUCCGUCACAUUUUGAUAGGAAUUAACCUUUUUACCAGGGUUUUGCCGAAAUUAAUCCGUCAUUUUUUGACAAUUCAGGAAAUAAAGUUGUGUGUGCUUUGAAAUCGAAUGCAGUAUGAUUUAAGAGCGUCCAUUUAAAAAAAAAAAUAUGUUUGGCUGCUUGGUUGUAAAUUUUAGUUGUUUUCUGUUUUGCUAACGAUAUAUAAUUAAAAAAAAAAUUACAAUCAGUUGAAGGAAACAAUGUAGAAAGUAUUUGAAUAAUUUCUAAGGAAUUGCAUGUAUAUUAUUUUAUAUUAUUAUUUUUAUAAAGUGUGUGCAACUCUAAUAGAGCAAAAAUAUUGUUUUUAUAUUCUCUGUGAUAUUGAAGUAUAUUUUGACUGACCCCACCAAGAAUACAUGUAAAAACGUUCAAACUGUGUAUGGAUAUAAGUUCUGUAGUUCGGACUCUAGAGGUUCCCAAUGUACUUCGGAUGAUUAAAUGCAACUGUUUUCAAACAAAAAUGUGUGUCUCAUUAUUUUUAUUUUAAUCCUUUCAAAGGUCAUGUAUAUGGCACUAGUGGCGCUGUAUAGCAUUCUAAAACGAUUCGAUUAGCGGGGUAACGGGAGGUAUAUUUGGCAACAAUGCAGGGUCAUCUCCAAACCCCAAAUCUAUUUACUUACUCAAUUGUUUUUUUAAUCCUUACAAGUUUUUAUUUCACAAGUAGUUGAACACAUAUAUCAUCUAAGCAUACUUUUAAUUUGUUGCAAACGCUUGUUCCCAGCAAAACAAUACUUUGUUGAUAUUUCAAUGUUAAUGAGAAUCAAAAUUUAAUUGCCAUUGCUUGUUUUUUCCUUUUUCUUUCUAAGUUUACUUUUGUCACAAUUUACAAUGAAUUCACUCACAUCUAAUGUUCACCCAUGGGACAUGGAGUGCUCUGAAAUGUGCAAAACUAAAUCAGGCCAACUUUACUCACUCUUU